AUGAGUGUCCUUGGUAAAACUCGAAUAUGGCUAUACACAGUCACUGCCUCAGUGGUUACGACACUGCUCUUAGCAGCUAUAUUUGUGGCUGCCACUUGGAACACGUUAAUUACAGAUCGGUGGAAAAGAAAGCACAGGUUGAGACGGCGAGUGAUACCAACAGUGCAGGAGGCAGUUGUCUCUGAUAAGGACAGGAUACGAGUGACGGUGAGACGCUCAGUGUCAGCGACAUCGGAGAGCCCGUUUUUGGGGUCGGAUGGCAAACGGCAUGAAAGCGAUGAAGAGCCUGGGAGCGCCGAGAGUGGCGCUGCGCCGGGAUCAGGAGGCAAUCCGUUCCGUGACGCAAUGGCUGCGGAGGACAUUAAGCUCGUUCCGGACUUGGCCUACUACUACCGGCAAUACGGGAUCGAAAUUGAGGAGUAUGAGGUAACCACGGACGACGGUUUUGUGCUCUUCCUCUGGCACUUUGUGGGCCAAGGCUCUGUAACACAGGGUCCGCCGAUGUUGUUGUUGCAUGGGCUCUUGCAGAGCUGCGGGUCCUUUGCAUCAAGUGGCCGCAAGUCUCUCGCGUAUUAUUUCUAUGAGUCCGGCUAUGAUGUGUGGCUAGGAAACAACCGCUGCGGCCUCAACGCCAAGACUGUGCCCUCGCAAGUUGAUGAGCACGAGAAAUGGGACUGGGACAUGAAGGAAAUGGUGAAGUACGAUCUAAAGGCAAUGGUUGAAUACGUCUUGCAGAAAACUGCCAGGAAGAAACUCACCUUGGUGGCCCACUCGCAGGGCACGACGCAAGGAUUUAUGGGUUUGCUUCAUGGAGAAGCGCUCUACGGAGGUACCAGUUUCCGACUAAUGGAUAAAUUGGACAACUUUGUGGCGCUCGCGCCCGCGGUCUAUCCGGGUCCACUUCUCUAUGAAAAUGUGUUCAUGCGGUUCAUGGCGUCCACAAUUGAUGUUCCAUGGGUCUAUGGAGUACGCUCCUUUCUUCCAAUAAUGAUGCAAGUACGCGCGCUGGUAGUGGGAAACAGGUUUUUCUCAGUCGUAUGCUAUCUCUUCUUUAAUUACUUGUUCGACUGGAAUGAUUUAUUGUGGGACAAGCCGCUUCGGGACAGACAUUUUAUGUUCUCCCCCGUGCACAUAUCUGUGAAUCUAAUGAAGUGGUGGUUGAGUAAGGACCCUGGCCGCCGCAGCUUCAGAAAUUACUCGCAUUGCAUAUUCCCCGAGGAGGGGGCGUGGUUCCCCUUAGUCGAUGGUAAUAGCGACUCGCAUACACUUUUGGAUGGGCAAGUUCGGAGGAACGCUCCCACCGAGUACCCUCGUAUCCUUUUGUUUGUCCCCAAGCAGGAUCGAUUGGUAGAUGGCAAGCGACUAAUCGAUCACUUCACCAAUCAUGAAGAUGAGCGCAUCUACAAAAUAUGGUACUUUGAUGAUUAUUCCCAUUUAGAUGUUUUAUGGGCAAGUGAUGUCAGUGAUAGAAUAGGUAAAUCCAUGUUGGAGGAACUCCGGGCUCCACAAGGAAGCAGUUCAUAA